GUAGCAUAACGCAUAACUGCACUGUAUAAAUAUGUAAUGCAUUGCUGACUCAUCAAUGCCAUCAAUGCCAUCAAGGUCAAUGUCGUAUAUCACCUGACAACCUCACUUCACAUCCGCUCACCACCACAUCAACCAUCCACAACCGCAGCCAUGGCCGGUCCCAGCAAGUCCCUGAUCCUUGAUCCGGCCCUCCAGAAAUACUACGACCUCACUGCCAACCGCUACAAGUACUUUCGCUGGAUGCCGCGUCAUGCCUGGUUCUCGUUCCUCUAUAUGGCUUUGAUCCCGGGUACGCUGGGCUAUGUGGCGUACAAGACUGAUGGUCUGUACAACUUGCGCGGAAAGCGUAGAGGCGAUCCCAUCGUGGAGUUUUAG